ACAGCCGCGCUUUCCCGCUCGCGUCGCAGCCUCCGGUGCCACCGCCGCCUCCGCCAUGCCCAACAUCGUGCUCUUCAGCGGCAGCUCGCACCAGGACCUGUCCCAGCGCGUGGCCGACCGCCUGGGCCUGGAGCUGGGCAAGGUGGUCACUAAGAAGUUCAGCAACCAGGAGACCAGCGUCGAGAUCGGCGAGAGCGUGAGGGGCGAAGAUGUCUAUAUCAUCCAGAGUGGCUGCGGAGAAAUCAACGACAACCUGAUGGAGCUCCUUAUCAUGAUCAACGCCUGCAAGAUCGCGUCGUCUUCCAGGGUGACUGCCGUGAUCCCGUGUUUUCCGUACGCUCGACAGGAUAAAAAGGACAAGAGCCGUGCUCCGAUUUCCGCGAAACUUGUGGCCAAUAUGCUGUCAGUGGCUGGGGCAGACCACAUCAUCACCAUGGACCUGCACGCCUCACAGAUCCAGGGAUUCUUUGACAUCCCGGUGGAUAAUCUGUACGCGGAGCCCGCGGUCCUGCAGUGGAUCCGGGAGAACAUUGCCGAGUGGAAGAACUGUAUCAUAGUCUCACCUGACGCCGGGGGAGCCAAAAGAGUCACCUCAAUUGCAGACAGGCUGAAUGUGGAAUUUGCCUUGAUUCACAAAGAGAGGAAGAAAGCUAAUGAAGUGGACCGGAUGGUUCUGGUGGGCGACGUGAAGGACCGCGUGGCCAUCCUCGUGGACGACAUGGCUGAUACGUGUGGCACCAUCUGCCACGCUGCGGACAAGCUACUCUCAGCGGGAGCCACCAAAGUUUAUGCUAUCCUUACACACGGGAUCUUCUCCGGGCCAGCUAUUUCCAGAAUAAAUAAUGCCGCCUUUGAGGCUGUUGUGGUCACAAACACCAUUCCGCAAGAGGACAAAAUGCGACACUGUCCCAAGAUUCAGGUCAUUGAUAUCUCGAUGAUCUUGGCUGAGGCGAUCCGAAGAACACACAACGGUGAAUCUGUGUCUUACCUCUUCAGCCACGUCCCGCUAUAGAUCCCGGAUGUGGAGCGCAGAGUCGGCCCGCUCUGGCCGCUGGCUUGUGUGCAUUUGUCUGACUUUUUAGUUUUAGGACUCAGCAAUGAUAGGGUAAUGCAAAAAGCAUUCGAUCUGUGUGUACUGCAGGAGUCAUGGUUUUCCCCUUCUCAAGCUCAAGACCAUUUAUUUCUAGUUUGGGGGGAGGGUGGUGGUGAUUUCAUCUUUUUAAGCGAACUGUCAUUAAUGAACUUUGUUUCAUCAUCCUGACUCGUUCUGGUAGGUGCCUUUUUCUUUGUUGUUUUAUUUUCUUCAGUAUUUUGAGGCCACAACUUUCGAGUAUAUAUAAUUCCACUGUGGAAGUUCAUAGUUUAUAUAUUUUGAGGUUGCCAAAGGUGACUUCGGAUUAAAGCCUUCUGUGUAAAUAUUGAUAAUGCCUAUGGACAUUUGGGUAAAACCCUGUAUACGAAAUUAGCCUUUUACUUCUGAGUGAAGCUUCGAAAACUUACAAUACCCUGAAUUUUGAUUUUUUUAAGGAACCAGAUUUCAAAUAAGCCACUGUGGUUUUCGUGCUUAAUUUGACCAAAUUUUAUGUAGCUUAAGAUGGCCACUGACACGUUUACGUUCUGAUAAACAUUAGCCAUGUCAGGGGCAGUGUAGUUCUAUAUCUUCUUUGUUACGGCCACUUCUGGAAAUCAUGUUACAAUGAUCACUUACCCACAGUGUCAUCUUCUAAAACUCCACGAUUGGUGUUUGGCAAUAGAUCUGAUUGAUAAAGCAUCUGGAGAUAGACCAGACCCCGUGGGCUGACUGGUGGCACUGAUGCUGUGCUGUGGCCAUCCCAGGGGGACAUCUCUUUGAGCAGCUCCUCCCGUCCUGCUGUCCUAUUUUACGGCCUAUUUUUAGCUCUAGCUUUUACUUUGCCUUUUUUCCGGCAAUUUCAUGGUGUGGGUGUCCACCAAACCACGGACUCCCCGAGGCCCCCUCAAAUGUACUAGUCCGAUCGUUAUUUUGCUUUUAACAUCACAAAAGGGAGCAUUUUUGCAACACCCACCAAGUGCACAUUUAAACAUUCCAUCCUUCACUUUACUUUCCGAUUCCCGAUUCCCGUUGCCUUUUAUAAUCAAAAGUAGCAAGUUAGACAACUGAUUAUCUUAACCGAAACUGUUAAACGAGAAGCAUGGGUAAGAAAGGCCUACGAAAAAAGUGAGCAUUAAUGGCUCCAUUAAGCUAAUGUAGAAGUGGUGGCCCAACAGUGAAGCUGGAGGCAAAGAUUGCUCUGUCCAUGGGAUGGCCCUUGACAUUCUUCUCCGAGAGGCGCCUGCCCUUGGCCGAUGGCAGGCGUCGACUCUCUAUGAGUUUUGUGAGAUGCACAUUGGUGCGCAACCACCUGAAUUUCUCAGCCCCAAAAGAAGAGAUUCUGCCUCAGAGACAAAGCCCAGGGAGUAGUAACAGUGUCUCCUUCUGCUGAAUCUUAAAGCUCAAAGAGAGGAAAGCCUCCGCUCUAAAUUCUGCAGGUGGGAGAGUCAAAUCGUUAAGUCAUUAACAGACUUGAACAGCGAUCUUUAAGCUUUCAGACUUCCCUACGGCAGAGGUCAAAGUCUACAAGGAUCAUUUGGGUCAUUGCAUUUUGCUGUACCUUAAAAUGGCUUUUGAGAAAUAAUGGUAGUAUAGCCCAGUAGAGUCAGCCGGGUAGUGCAGAUUGACUCUGUCUAGGAAGGGUUGACCUGAGAUCUGGAAAAAGCCUGUUUAGACGUAUGUGACUUUUACUUUCAAUAAAUGAGUGCUGUCUCUUUCUGGGAAUUUCUACGCACAUUAACUAAUUAGGCUAGAUUUGGCCAUACCCAGUGGCAAUGUAGUCCUUAACUGUUGGAUGGUUUCAGUUCAAGAAGGAUGACGAAGGUGACUUCAGGAGUGGCCCAAUCCCAGAACUCGGGUCUCCCUUGCUGCUUGCGUGGAACCAUUGGAGUGAUGAUGAAUUGAAGUGAUGAAUGAGUGAGCCAAGUAGAUUGGUUCUGUCCAACUCUGCUGAAUGGGGCUGGACUCCCAUCCAUCGAGCCGAAGGGGGAGCCAGAGAAAUACAGAUACACCAAAGCUGCUCAUCCUCCAACUAAAAUUAUAUUAAUCAACUUACGGAUGCUCAUAGUAGAACUUGCCUUUGUUAGAUGUCAACUAGAUUCAAGACUAUAUCAUUUGCAGCGCUUAUGUUUGUUUAAAACAUAGGAUUUUAAGAUUGUCCAACACUGUACUAAAACACAUCAAUAAAAUCAUGCUACUACUUUCUA